UCCGCCUUUGCUCUAUUUCUAGCUUUUUUCUCUCUUCUUUUCGGUGGUGUGACUCGACCAAUUUUCUCUGAAUUUUGUGACUCAAUCUCUUUCCUUUUUCUCCUUGUGUUAUUCUUCUUCCUAAUUCGAUUGUCCUGCAUCACACUAUAUAUAAGUACAUCAUUCUGCAGCCAAUAGCAUACUUUUCUCCCUGUUUAGCUCUCUUUUCCAUCCUUAAUCCAACCCAGACACACCAUAUAUAGUGAAAUGCCUAAGAUGACCAGCGGCGGCAACCAAGAUGCACGUCGGAAAAGAAACAUCAAGUGCUUGGCAUUCAUAGUUGCCGGGGUCAUAUCACAAACGGUAACAACAGUGCUCUUUUUGCUGCUAGUAAUGCGCAUCCGGAAUCCUAAGCUCCGACUAGGUUCGGUCAGCGUUGAAAGUUUCAACCUGAAUUCCUCGUCAUCCUCGCCGUCCUUUAGCAUAAAGCUUAGUGCUCAAGUUACCGUCAAAAACACCAAUUUUGGUCACUUCAAAUUCGAUAACAGCACAGCUACAAUUUCCUACAGGGGUACUGAGAUUGGAGAGGGCGCUAUAAGUAAGGAACGCGCAAGGUUCCGAUCAACCAAGAAGCUUAAUGUCACAGUGACAGCGAGUUCCGGCAAGGCAUCAACGAAUUCUCACUUGCGCAGUGACAUCGAUUCCGGGAUUUUGCAGCUUAGCAGCCGUGCCAAAUUGAGUGGGAAGAUACACUUGUUCUUUAUUUUCAAGAAGAAGAAGUCCGCUGAAAUGAAUUGCACCAUGGAGCUUAAUACCAAGAUAAAAGCUAUCCAGAAUUUGGCAUGCAAAUGAAAGAACUCAGUCGAUCUUUUUUUUUUUUUUUUUGGGAUUGCUGAAAUAUAUUAUUCUUUAUAGCUUGUGUUUGUGAUUA